AUGUUCUAUAGUGCUCUUCUAGUGCAGCGAUCUGCGACCGAGCAUGGUGCCUACAAGAUAGGCCAGGUUGAUAACUCAACGUUAUGUGGUUACAAGAGCAAAGAUCGAAUGCCUUUCAGUUCGGCUGUGGGUAUAUUUGCCGUGUCGGGGUCUAUACACUUGGAAACUCUGGAGAUGGAGGUCGCUCUGGAAGUGUAUAAAAUGAACCUGGGUGUAUUGCACGGAUACCCCCACCAGGGUUUCAAAAUCGAUUUGAAUCUAAAUAUGGUGAAGGGUAGCAUUGAGCUACGAUUGACUGGCUUUGAUGAAUUAUGGCUUGAUAUCGAUGCAAAAGUCUUUCAGGUGGCCGAGGAUGGCUCUGGGCAGUUCAUAGAAUACAGGAAGGCACAUUUUAUCCAAAAAAUGCCGGGUGUUACGUGCGCACCUUGGGUUGCCCCUAUUUAG